GCGACUGUACGUUUGCAGCUUUAUCCCAGCAAUGUACAUCCGGUAAGCCUUAACCAGACUACGUAGGUUGGUUUGGGACGGCACCCUGGAUGUAUUAUAUUGACACUUAACGUUCAGUUUUUUCCCUGCUGGUAGAUUCACGCAAAACAGCCCAACGGAAAAAAGGGGGAAAAGGAAGUGGAGUCUGGCACGGACCGUGCAUGUUGUUUGGAGGAAAUGGUAUGCAGCGUAGGCGGGGCUGUUCCUCCCUCUGUCCCGUAACGUUAGCUAUCGUGUCAUAUUUUUACAGAGACAACAAUCCGUUACCAACCGGAACACCGGGCUCCGAGGCUCAUAUUUUGGAAGUAUCUCUACCCAGUAUGCCCCAACAGCACAGCUAACACGGUUAACGGCUGACGAUGGCUUCGGUGCGGAUGGUCGGCAAAGUUACGGCGAGACUUUUGGGAAGUAUUCAGCCUCUUCAUUGCGGUUUCAAAACUACUCGUCCUGUUACAUUUCUUCACCAGAUUCAACAGAGGUCGCCUCUACUUGGAAAUUGUCAAGCUCUUUUCUACAGUGCACUCGCACCCUCCAGUGACGUGUCUUUGAAGUACAAAUAUGGCCGCUUGGUUCUAGAGGUCCCGUUGCCCUCCAGGAAGGAGAAGUGUCUGUUCUUCCUCAGACCCAUGCUGAUGAGCGUAGGAGACUUGAUCGCAGAUCUGCAGAGAGAGGACCCUGGAGCCACUACUUCCAUUUUCUCUGAGGAUGGAGAGCAUGUAGCCAACUCCACGCUGAUAGACACCCUGCUGGAUAAGGACUUCCAGCUCGUCAUCAAUGAUGCAGUUUAUAAUGUCUGCUCUCCUGAAAAGGUGAGCAGCGGCAAGCAUGCCAUGGAGCUGGAGGACGUGAAACAUGUCGUGCAUCUGCUGCACACAGCGCUCCACCUGCCCGAACACCACCUGCUGAAAGAGAGGCAGCUUCUGGAGAGACUGGACAACCUCAAACAGGAGCUGUCACCCCUGGAGAAGAUGAAGGCACAGCUGUCCCGUUCAGCAGAUUUCCACAGCUCCAGGGUUGUCUGGACUGGCAUGGCCCUGUUAUCCGUGCAGGGUGGCGCUCUGGCCUGGCUCACAUGGUGGGUAUAUUCAUGGGACGUCAUGGAGCCCGUCACUUACUUCAUCACCUACGCCACCAGCAUUGGAGCCUUUGCCUAUUAUGUCCUUACCAAACAGGAUUAUAUAUACCCAGACAUGAAAGACAGACAGUUCCUGCAUUACUUUUAUAAAGGGGCCAGCAGGAAGAGGUUCAACGUGGAAAAAUACAAUGAACUUAAGGAUGAGCUGGCUGAGGUGGAGGAGGACCUGAGACGUCUGAGAUAUUCGACUGAAUUUCAGCUACCACUUGAACAGAUCCAGCCAAAGCCGUGAACGAAGCGAAGUCAUGAAUAAUGGUCUCUCACACUUAAAUACUCCAGAGCAAAAACAAAUGUCCUGCUUUAUUUUGAGAAUGGUGCCUUUUUUUUUUUACCAGGAAUCCAUAUCAUUUUGCGUUUUGUUUACAUACUUGGUAAUUCUGAUGCCAAUUAUGUCUUUGAGAAAAGUACAAACACUGAGGACUAUUGAAAUAAAAAGUAUUUCCCGAACAUUGGGACAAUCUCC